UUGACAUUUGUUUUGUUUACGUUUCGAUUUCGUUAUUUAUUUUCUAAUAGUUAUUCGUUUCCGUAUUUUAGAUUAGCACAAAACGUAAAUAAACCAUUACAAAAAUGGAGAAUAUUAAAAAUAUUUGGAAACCAGAACUUUAUCGUAUUCAGCUAGAGGCUCCUGUACCAAAGCGUUUAACAUGUGAGGACUGCCAAGAUAGGCCUCUGUUCUAUGGAAAGGAAUACCAUGGAAUCAUGGGGCAUAAGGAAGCUAGUUUGUUGUUAGAGGACGAACCCAAUGGUGCGUUUCUGAUAAGGAAAGGAAAUGAGUACAAUGAUUUCUACACAUUAACUUGGAGGUUCAAUAACAAAGUACAUCACUAUAAAUUAUAUUACGACGGCACUCAUUACAUUAAAGACAAAAGAUACGAUAGUAUAUAUGACCUAGUAGCAGACGGUCUAAUAACAUGCCACAUGGAGCUCAAGGCUAGCCAUAUAAUGGAAAUGAUUAAUUCACGGGCAAAUUAUACAGACAGCCCAUAUGUUACACUCAAUCGAAGGAAGAUAAACACGCUUACCAAAAUACAUCAGGCUUCGAACAGAUCGAGUCCAAUCACUAACAAAAAAGAGGGGAAAAUAAUAGAAAUUGAAUCUGAUAUACAAAAAAUUAAUUUUGAUAUAACACCCACUAUAGAAGAUAGUCCCCUUUUGUACAAAUAUACAAAAUAUCAUUCAUUCAAAGUUCAUACAUUUAAGGGAUUAAACUGGUGUGAACUGUGUGCUAACUUCUUGUGGGGUUUCACCGCUCAAGGUGUUAAAUGCGAAGACUGUGGCUUCAUUGCUCAUUCAAAAUGUUCCGAACGCGUACCAAACCACUGUGUGCCUGAUUUGAAAAAACUGAGGGGCGUGUUCGGUAUCGACCUGACGACCUUGCUCAAUGCCCAUUCCAGUACCCUACCCUUUGUGGUGAGGAAGUGCGUCAACGAAAUAGAAACCAGAGGCCUGGACUCGGAGGGUAUAUACAGGGUGUCGGGAUUUGCUGAUGAAAUUGAGGCUUUAAAAAUGGCUUUUGAUAAAGACGGUGAAGCCACAGAUCUUAGCGUCUACAGCAAUAUUAACGUAAUCGCCGGAACACUUAAGCUUUACCUGCGACUCCUGCCGGUGCCGCUGAUCACUUACGAGGUGCAUCCUAAACUAGUGAACGCUAUCCAGACGAAAACCACAGCGCUCCAGGUGACGAUGCUGCGAGAGGCGCUCGACUCGCUGCCGCCGGCGCACUUCAACUGCCUGCAGUAUAUGGUGCAGCACUUGCACAGGGUCGCCCAACACGCGGCCGUAAACAAAAUGUCGGCCCACAACCUGAGCACGGUGUUCGCGCCGACGCUCGUGGCCACGCCCGCCGCGCUCACGGACCUCGCGCCCGAGAUCCGCGCGCUGCAGGCGCUCGUCGACCACUGCCCGCUCGUAUACUACGCCCGCCACUGAACCUUGCUCCUUGUUCGUCCUCCGCUUGUACUCGACAUCAUUUUGUAUUCAGGCCGAGAACGGCGGCUUUGAUGACGAUGGCGUAAAUACUGAAUAUCAUGAAA